CUUCUGCUGCUGCAUCUCUGCAAUCAAUCAAUCUAUGGCUUGUAAAUCUGAAUCAAUUAAAAGCUCCAACCUUUUCCCCCGACAUGCCAUUCCAUGAGCGCCUGGAACCUUCAUCUUCAAUUCACCAUGACAUGUUGACAUUAUAAUACGGCAUCCAACCAUACAACGCAACACCAUAUAUGACCCACCUCACUCACCUAUCAUUGUCCUCGUGGCCCCUUUCCCCUCACUAUCCCGCCAUAAAAACCAUCACUCCCUAUGAGUAAAGAACUCCAAAAACGUUCUUGUCCUUAGAAAAAAAAAUCUUGUUUGGCCAGCCACACCUAACGCCAGUUCAACCAAGAACUCGGCUUUGCCUCUGUUCCUCCUUCCGAGUCCCAAUCGGAAUAGAUCGAUAUCAUCUCCUCUCAUCUCAUCUUAAUUAUCUCUCCCAUGUGUCCCUAGACAUAUAGUCCAUGCACUAAUCGAUCGAUAUAUCUAUAUAGUUUUCGAGAGAUAUUUUGCUGGUUGCAAUUAGUCUCGAGCUUACAGCGACCUUCCAGGUCAGAGGUAGCCGGAUUAAAUCCUUGGUUUAUUUAUAGUGCUUGAUCGAUCAUGUCGUCUUCCUCCAAUAGCGACUCCGGCAAGAAGGGCGGCAACCCUCUGGAAGCCAUGGGCGCCUUCUUCUCGUCGCAGGUGAACCGCCGGAAGCUGGUCACCAGCGAGAAGCAGGCGCUGGCCACGCGGCUGUCCGCCGGCGGCGAGGCGUUCCCCGGCAGCGAGCACCGGCCGGCCGACCGGAAGACGUGGAUGGCGGAGCUCGGGCCGGAGCGGCUGCGCGUGCACCAGCUGGUGUGGCCGGGGACGCACGACUCGGCGACGAACAAGAUCGGCAUCCCGUUCGUGACGCGCCCCUUCGCGCAGUGCCAGUCGCUGUCGGUGUACGAGCAGCUCGCCGCGGGCGCCCGCGUCAUCGACGUGCGCGUCCAGGAGGAGCGGCGCGUCUGCCACGGCGUGCUCGCAACCUACUCCGUCGACGUCGUGCUCGACGACGUGAGGAGGUUCCUCGGCGAGACGGCGUCGGAGGUGGUGAUCCUCGAGGUGCGCACCGAGUUCGGCCACGACGACCCGCCGGAGUUCGGCAGGUACCUGGUGGAGCAGCUCGGCGAGCACCUGAUCCCGCAGGACGAGGCGGUGUUCCACAAGACCAUCGCCGAGCUCCUCCCGCGGCGGCUCAUCUGCGUGUGGAAGCCGCGCAAGUCGCCGGCGCCCAAGCCCGGCGAGCCGCUGUGGAGCGCCGGCUACCUCAGGGACAACUGGAUCGACACCGACCUGCCGGAGACCAAGUUCGAGAGCAACGUCAAGUUCCUCGGCGAGCAGCCGCCGGUGGCCGACCGGAGGUUCUUCUACCGGGUGGAGAACACGGUGACGCCGCAGGCCGACAACCCGGUGCUCUGCGUCCGGCCGGUCACGCGGCGGAUCCACGGCUACGCCCGCCUCUUCAUCGCCGAGGUCUUCGCCAAGGGCCUCGGCGACAAGCUGCAGGUGUUCUCCACCGACUUCAUCGACGGCGACUUCGUCGACGCCUGCGCCGGCGUCACCAAGGCCCGCGUCGACGGCGCCGCGUGAGAUUGCAUGGCCGGGCCCUGUAGUAAUUAGAGGGGUCGCCGCGUUUAGAGGAUUUGCUUCGUUUCGCCGGUGUCGCAGCGUACGUACAGAUUAGUUUGUGUUGUUCGUGUUAGACACGUGAUUUAUGAAUGAUUUAUUAUCAUGCAUGUGUUGGGCGUUCGUGUGUGAUUUAAUUGUUGAAAUGUAUAUAGUGGUGAAAUUGCUCGUGUACAAAGGAAUAAUCGCAAAGUGCUCGUUUUGUUGUGAUCGUUCGUAACGAGGGUAAUGGAGAGGAUCAAAUUGGUAUUU